CCAGUCCUCUUCCCCACCUCUAGAUUAUCCUAUCUAUCUCUCCCCCAUCCAUCCAUGGCGAUUCGAGCCACAGUAGUUGAUGUAGUUGAAAUAAGUUACCGCUAGAUGGACGCUGCACGUCGUUUCUCCAUCCUUUCCUCUCACCUACGUCCGACUGCUCUCUUCCCACCGGCUUGCUCAGAAGAUCCUUCAUCUCCUAGCCUAUGGCGUUCUAAUUGUUCUUCAACUUCCUCCGUCAACGACGAAGACGGAGAUCCAAAAUAUGGCUGCGUUUUCUGCAAGAUCAGUCGCGGCGAGUCUCCUGCUCUCAAGAUUUACGAAGAUGAUAUAUGCUUCUGCAUUUUGGACAUUAAUCCAGUGAUCAAUGGGCAUUCUCUCAUUAUCCCAAAGUCACAUUUUUCUUCCUUACAAGAAACUCCUCCACAUGUAAUAGGUGCCAUGUGCUCAAAGGUACCAUUUAUAAGCAGUGCGGUCAUGAAAGCAACCGGAUGUGAUUCAUUUAAUCUGUUGGUUAACAAUGGUGCUGCAUCAGGACAAGUGAUAUUUCAUACUCAUCUCCAUAUAAUCCCUCGCAAAACACAUGAUUGCUUAUGGACAUCGGAGAGCUUGAGAAGGCUUCCUCUAAAGCUAGGACAGGAGGCUUUGCGACUUCUUGAGGAAAUCCGUAAAGAAUUAAAACCGACAGCGCAGGAGGAAGAGAAAGAAAGGAACAAAGUUCUAGUAGCAUCCUGACAUGUUCCAAACGUUUGUGUUUUGUGUAAAAUUGUUGUUUUAUUAACUGUUUGUUUAUUUUGCACCCCCAUAAUUGUGUUCUGUUUGUGUAUGUGCUGGUGAGAUAAAAAAAAUGUUAAAAAAUUUCAUUUUUGUAAAAUUAAUAGUGUCUCCUUUCAUAUAGAAAGUUUUUUUUUUAAACCCCACUUCAACUCUUCUCAAUGAUAAUAGUGUGUCUUUUCAGUUCAGU